AGGGAAUCACGCCCAACUCCAGUUCGGGAGACUCUCCAUCUCGGGUGGGCGCGAAAUUUCGGCCAUGUGUUGCGACGGGCAUGGAGGCGGACGCGGGCAGGAGAAGUCGCGGCAGGGAUAAGCAGGAGACCCAAGGGGCGCGCUCCAGGGACUCGUCCGGUUCCGUCUCCAGCGAGGUGAGGUGCGGGUGUCAGUACUUCCAGUCGGACAGUCUCCUACCAGAGCGACAGUCUCUCGUCGGGCGACCGCCCAGCAGAGGCUCCGCGAUUUCCGGUCCCGGGGCGGCCAUUUCCGGUUUCGGGGUGUCCACAUCCGGUCCAGGAGCGACCAUUUCCGGUCAAGGAGCGUCCAUUUCUGGUUUCGGGGUGUCCACUUCCGGUCCAGCAGCGACCAUUUCCGGUCAAGGAGCGUCUACUUCCGGUGUCGGGGUGUCCACUUCCGGUCCAGGAGCGUCCACUUCCGGUUUCGGGGCGUCCGUUUCCGGUGCCGGGUCGUCGACUUCCGGUUUCGGGGUGUCGGGUGUUUCCGGUUCCGGUCCGGGGGAUGCGAGAGUGGCCGGGGCGCGAGUGGCCGUAGCGGUGGAGAGCGUGCGGGGGGUCGUGGGCGGGGGCGGCGGGGGGGAGCGCCCGCGCUAUAGGGCGAAGCCGCCGCGGAAAAGCAAGUCCACCGACACGGAGAGCGAGCAGGAGGACCUGAGUCCGUUUUUAGACGUCAGCACUUCGUCCCUGUACUUCGCGAUGGGGGACCAUGAGCACGAGUACGAGCCAGUGAUCCCGAUGUCGAGCCAGCACCAAACCCCACCGCCAACGGUGCGCGUGACGGACGCGGACAGCCCGGACGGCGUGAAAGCCGACAGCCUCGUCGGCUCGGACAUCAGCAGCAUCGAGAGCCACGAGCGGGCCUUCCUCCGCAUGGCCCAGGAGGACCACGAGGCCGGCUACGAGGACCACGACGACGAGGACCAGGAACCCGACGACGCCCACCUCACCGCCAAGGAGCUCCAGACGCGACUCGAGGAGCGCUUCUUCACCUCCACCCCAACGACGACCGGCUCCAGGACCGACGGCGAGAUCCACACCAGCCAGGUCGACUCCUCCGCACUCGAGGACCUACCCCUCACCCGCGACGCGCGAAGACCUGCCACCCUCCAGCAGCGCCUCAAAUCCCAAGCCGGUCGGAUCCGCACCAAAUUCAGGACCAUGUCCCGAAAACCGAAACCCCACUCCGAGGGCGAAUCGUCGGAACCCUCGGAGCACCAACCGGAGAAACACCGCUUCACUUUUCCGCGGCGUCCCAAGAUCAACUUCCCGGAGCGGCCCAAGUUCAACUUCCCGGAGCGGCCCAAGUUCAGCCUCCCCGAGCGGCCGAAGUUCAACCUACCGAGCAGGCCCAAGAUCUCCAUGCCGUCCAUGCCGAGCUUGACGCGACAAAAAUCGGCUUCGACUCGGCGCCCGCUGAAGGAGAAACCCCCGGCGGCCCAGUCCUCCGGCGCUAGGAAGAUGUUCGACUUUGAUUUCAAGACGUACCCGCGGAUCUUCAGCAAGCGGAAGAAAGAGCUGAACGCCCGCGGGAAGGCGACGCGCGCUGAGACUCCACCCCCGCGGAUGGAGUCGGAGAGCGCGCCAGCGACACCUCUCCGGCGCAAGAGCUCCUUCGGGACCAAAUGGACGCACAGGUACACGGACAUCAAGUUCGCCGACGAGGACGAUAAAUCCGAGCGGUGCGAGUCGAGGUUCAUAAGUCUUAAGGGCUCCGACGAUUCCUUAACCGGGUUCAAGGACAGCGACUUCCCGGACGUGGUCACGGUGGACGAAUCGCCGGUCUCCAACCGUCGGGAGGAGUGCCAGAGCAGUUUCCAAGAAUCCGAGAGCCCGGAUCACGAUCCUCGACUGCGCGGCGGGGUCUUGGAGGAGAUCGACGCGGACGAGUUCUUCCUCCGGCAGAAGGGUCUCAGCAGGGACAACGUGGACGUGAGCAACUUCUUGACGCGGGAGAUCCGUGACGCUCUUCAGCACCGCAACGCCCUCGCGCGGCUGGACACGGAGGUGGACGUAGAGACGUACGAAGACAAACCGGAAGCCGAGGGCUCGAAGCCCACGGCGCCCCAACGAACCAGAUCGCUCCGGCGAUCCUCUCGAUCGAAUAAGAGUCAGUCGGUGGAGCAAGGGGAAGAGGACAAGUCGAACUUCUUCAACACCUUCCCCCCGGACCGACCCCAGAGACGCCGCAGCGGCACGGCUACCAGUCAGCGGGACAGAGACAAGUCUUCCGUCGAUUCUGUCGAGAUGAGGAACCUCGAGGACGCCAGGAGAGUUAGCGUUUUCGACGAUGAUGCGUACUCGGAGAAAGUCUCGCUCAAGUCGGGGCAGGAUUAUUACUCGAGCCCCAAGGAGCACAUACCGCCGCUCCCGCCCAAGAGGAAGAGGAGCUCGAGGGAUAUCACCCAGGAUAAUGACUCGCUGGACGAGGAGAGAUACAACCUCAAUGGCUGGGCCAAUAGGAGUCCGGAUCAAGAUAAAGCACCUAGCAGGGAGACGGCCAUGGAUGAAAUUCAUCUCGAGAAUGUUGAUCAAAAUCAAUAUGACUUGCCACCAAAUGUGCCCCGGAGGAGAACAAGAUCUCGAGGCACCUCUCUCGUGGAUGAGGACCGCACUUCCAGGGAAGCAGAAUCUUUACCCAGUGAAAGGACCGAGGAGUUCCCACCAGAAAACGAUAUCCGAGAUGCAAUGUACGGCUAUGCUACAGUUGAAAAAUCUGCGAAAACAGACAAACCCGACAAACCUCCCCGCCCUCCACCACCGGGUCGACAAAAGAAGCGGUUCCGAAAUAUUAAAUCACAAGGAUUCUCUUACUUUUUCACAGUUCCUAGGAGAAGACAAAGUAAUCUUACUCAACAAUAUCAGCAAUACAUUUGUAGUACACCUCCAGUUCGACCAUAUCGUAACUACAGCACAAUUGGUCCAUCUCGACCACCGAGACGAAACAAAGUGUUCAGAGAACCUGUGUACGCAGAUGGAGACGAGAAGGAGAAUAAAGUUAAAACGCUUGAAGACGAGGAAUUGGAGAGAGAUAUUGAAGAAUUAAUAAAAAACGCCAUUAAUGACCAACUAAACGACAACCUAAAGUCAGGAGAUGUAAUUGAAAAAAUGAAAGUAAGACCAUUGCCACCUCCACCCAGACCUCCGAGAAGAACUCGUGAGGAAGGCGAUUAUGACGAUACGAGAAAUGAGGAGGGUAACGUCGAACUUCAUUUACGUAGCCUUAACGCAAGUCCAGAACCUGUUGUCGAGCAAGAAUGUAUUGCUAAGCAUGACACUGUCAGUAUAGAGGAAAAUAGCCGCAUUAGUACUGCUCAAAAUGACCUUAACAAGACGAAAAGCUUAGAGAUGAUAACUGAUUCCCAAAGACAAUCAAGACCUAGCACUAUUUCACGAAGAGCACCUUCAAGAAGAAAUAGUGCAACGAAACGAAGCAAGACUCCUCUGCCCCAAGAUCGAGCACCAACAGAGGAAGCACAGGAAGUCAAGAUUGAGGACGUUUCCGUUUCUACACAGACCGAUGUCCUUCCUGAAGGGUACAUCAUCGAGGAAGAGCGAAUGGCAGACGACAGAAGUCAAACGGAUAGUAGUUAUCCUACAACCACAGCUACCCUGACAGGUUCGGACUCAGGAGCUGCAGCUCUUGUAGAGCGAAAAGUAAUCCUCCUUCCUGAUAAAGAGCUGGAGGUGGAGAUUCUAAAAACCAAGAAAAUUCAAGUGUCUGAAAUCGAUGUUGAAAAACUUAACGUUACAGAGAUCAACACUAACAAAAUCAAGGUGUCGGACGUGGAUGGUGUAUCGAUGCAUGUCGCUGAGAUAAACAGUAAGAGCGGUAAUAUUGUCAUUAAUAACCUAGAACUGCCUCAAAGCGUACUGGAGAGCAUAUCAAGAAACCUGGCUGAGCUACAAUCAACGAGCGCUGGCACAUCUGGCUCGGAGGUUCCAGAGUCGAUGCUUCGUUUGUCGCGAGGUCAGAGCUCUCCGACUGGUGGUUUGGAAGGGGAGUCAUCGAGCGUUGUGCCCAUUCCUGGUUCGCACAGAGUGCUCAGCACCGGAUUAUCUUCAGAAGAGGGCGCUAUCUCUCUACCUCCUCGUCAGGAUCCCACUGUUUAUGAGCUGAGCCAACAAAUGUUUGAUAUAAUACAGAGGAACGUCUCAAAGUUCGUAGAGAGAAGUAUUCAAAAUGGAAUUAUUGAUGUAGAAAAGCAAAGAGAGAUUCAACACACGAUUAGUAUUGUUUUAAUUGUGGUAGCGGUUCUUUACUUGAUUGGAUUUGGCUCGGGGAGUACAAUCCAUACUCAUCACUGGGAUUUCCAAUUUCCACCUCCGCCGCCUCCUCAAGGAUCUCAUCCGUGAGAUGAUUUGUCCCGAUACUCCAUCUCCGGAAUAAACAAGUGCAGAGGCAUUUACUUACGUUUUUUUACAGUAAUAUAAAAUCCUGUUUUGUAUCAUGCUGUAUUAGAAUUGAAAAUUUUAUGACUUUUAGACCUUACUAUGCAAAAAAAAAAAAAAAAAAUCCUUGAUUUUCAUGAAAAAUUAGUUCUCUAUAAAAUCAAACAUGAUGAGUCAACAGAUAUGGGGAGAGACUAGAUCUUCUACAUAUCUAAAAUUCAGGAGACCACCAAAAGAAUUUCUAAACGAUCAGAGUUUCGGCACAGAAAGGUGAGUUGAAGAUAUUGAACUGACUGAUAAAAUUUAAAUUUUAAAAGUGCCUAGCACACUUCCAUCUAUUUAUAAUUUCUUUUUGUUGUAUUUAUACUGUAAAUAAAAUAAUUUAUUAUGCGUUGAAUAAUUUCAAUGGAGACUUCAUUCAUUAAGCAAUAAAAGAAAGUUCUCAUGUUAAA